AUGAACCCACUGUGUCAAUUCAAGACAAAUGCUACAGUUCGAUUUAAUCCAUACGCAGGGAGGAGUGCAAGGAAUGUGAGAGCUGAUAAUCAGCCCAGUGUAAAUGACACGAUGGCAGCUGAAGCUAGACCUGAAAAUGUAUCAGAUGAGUUGGAAUGCAUUAAUCUAAUGGCUGCAGUUGACAACAUGUCUCAGGAUCAAAUGAGAGCUGUCCUGAAGGCGUCCAUUGCAGCUGGUCCAGAGUAUAUGCAACGGUUUGUGAUGGGACAGCAACAGGCUACUGGACAUGUUUCUGGUAGUUCCAAUUCAAAUGUGUCAUGGUGUUCAUGUGGAGUUUGUCAUAUUUUUGAUGAUCCUCGCAUGAACAUCUGCUGCAGGCAAUCUCCAUGCAUUACCUCAAAGCCUGAAUUUCGCAAUUUGUGCUUGAGGCAUGAUGUGCUGGAGGUUGCAAACAUAUUGAAUUGGAGCUACAGAACUAACCAGGACCCUAGUUUUUCUAUGUCCACAUUCAGAAAUCAAGCAUACAGAAAUUUCAUUUUGUGGCAACAUGGACGUCUUGGUGCAGGAAGACGCAUUCCUGUACCAGCCUGUGUAUGUCGUACAGUGCGUCAGAGGUUCCCAGAGCCUAAUGGGCAGUACACUGGGUAUCACUCGGCACAUUCAGACUCUGAUUAA